AUGUCCAAGACUAAAGUAGCCCCUAUUAAGACGGAGAGUUUGCCUCGAUUGGAGUUGUGUGGCUCGGUGUUGCUAGUUAGAUUGUUGAAGCACCUUUUAGAUGGACUUUUAUUGAAGCCUGUAUCAGUGCACUGCUGGACAGACUCCAAGGUAGUUUUAGAUUGGUUGAAUGGUCACCCAUCGAGAUGGCAGACUUUCGUGGCAAACAGACUUCAGCAGUCUUCCUUGUGGUGGGAGAGACCUGAAUGGAUCAGGAAUGAUUGGAGGAAGGUAAUUGAUAGAUUGCCCAUGGAUGUUUCGCUAGAUGUAGUAAAUGCACAGGUUGCUGUUGAGAAGAAGGUUGACGAGAAUCAAGAAUCACAAGCGCUGUCUUAUUUGGAGAAGUUUUCGAGUUUUCCAAAGACGUUGCGGAUUUUGGCUUGUGCUUACAGAUGGCGUUCGAAUGCGGUCAAGCCCAGAGGAAGUCGCUGCACUGGUCAUUUUACUGCUGAGGAGAUGGAGGCUGCUCGAGUCGGUCUGAUUCGUUAUGUGCAAAGUCAGCACUACGAGGAGGAAUUGCGGUGUCUCAGAAGUAAACAACGGUUGUCAUCUCGCAGUCACUUGCUGCGACUUGUACCAUUUAUUUGUCCACAGGGCUUGCUCCGAGUUGGAGGCCGAUUGCAGCCUUCGUUCUUGCAGUUCGAUGAGAAGCACUCGAUUAUACUGCCAGCAUCUAGUAUUAUAGUCAAGAGGUUGAUUGAGGAGGUACAUCGUCAGACUCUUCAUGGAGGCGUUCAGCUGAUGCUCAGUUCCCUCAACAGGACGUAUUGGAUUUCACGUGGGUUAAGAGUUGUACAGGGAGUUUAUCGGCGUUGCCAUAGAUGUAUUCGCUGCGCUGCUCAGAGUGUACAGCAGCAAAUUGCACCGCUUCCAUCAUAUCGAGUUACUCCCCAGCGAGUUUUCGCAUACACCGGUCUGGACUAUGUGGGACCGUUUCCAAUAUUGUUCUCCAAGGGCAGAGGUGCCAAGUCUACAAAGGGAUAUAUAGCGAUUUUUGUGUGUAUGGUUGUUCGAGCUGUUCAUAUUGAAGUUGUGUCAGAUUUGUCCACUGCUGCGUUUCUAGCAGCGUUUCGCAGAUUCACCGCUCGGCGUGGACUUUGUAGGAUGGUAUUCAGCGACAACGGCACCAACUUCAAGGGCACAGCCAUAGAAAUUGACAAGUUAUUCCAACGGGCUUCAUCAGUAUCGCAGGAGGUGGCAGCUGCAUUGGCGAAGGACGUUGCUGCUCAGAUCGAGGCAUGCUUAAAUUCUUGGCCGCUAUGCCCACUGAGCUCUGAGUCCACUGAUUCGGUGGCGCUUACGCCUGGUCACUUUCUUGUGAACGCUCCUCUCAAUGUAUUACCCGAGCCUUUUGAAGACCAGAGAAACAAGUGGCUGACUCCUGGACGACAGUUGGUCGUGGGCGACUUGGUGCUUCUGAAGGACGAGCUCUGCCCUCCAUCCAAGUGGCCAUUGGGUCGAAUUACAGCGGUACAUCGAGGGAAAGAUGGUCUAGUUCGAGUUGUUACCAUCCGUACUGCCAAUUCCGAGUUCCAGCGACCAGUUGUGGAGAUCAUUUUUCUGCCCUCAGACAAGAGUGCACAGAGGGCAGUCUCCGGCCUUCAACCUGAGUCCAGUCAAGACUGA